UGAUCUGUUGGUGUUGUUGGUCUAGCCACAAUCAGGCAUGAAGAGGGCAGUUUAGGUGCAGCUGUAGGUCUUAUAGGGACUCCAGAGCAAAGCCAACAAAUCGUUCACAUAGGCAGUUCAGACAUAUCAGUGUUGCACAGUUAAAUCAAAACUUGAGGAUCACCUGAGAUCACCCAUUGCCCCAGUGACAAGAUAUUCCUCUUUUUGUUAUCUGGCAGUGCUGUAUGCUUAUUGUCAGGUGCAAAUAAGAUGCAUCUGGGUCAACAAAUCCCAUUGGAUGGGCUAUCUCUAAAAGAGCUUGGAGAUAGUGUGUUAGUGGAGAUAGAACCUCAGCGGAAAGGACUGCCCUUUCUCAAACAUGUGGAGUACCGUAUUAUUAGCAAGUGUUUCCAGGUCCCAGUGCAACGCAGGUACAGUGAUUUUGAGGUGUUCCACAGUCUGCUACUCCAAAAGUUUAUUUACAGGAUGGUUCCGCCCCUGCCCCCCAAACGCAUCCUCAAAGGCGUUUUGAACUCAAUAUCAGAUCGAGAGUUUAAUGACAGUCGUCGCCGUGGCUUACAAAGGUUCAUGACCCUGGUGAUUAGACAUCCAGUGCUAGCCGGAGAUGAACUGGUCAACAUCUUCCUCUCAGCAAGCAGCGCAGACAUUCAAAACAAGCUGCGUGAAUCAUUAAAAAAAACAGGUGAUGAGUUCCUGACCUCACAAAUGGCUUUGCAUGGCAAGGUGUACCUUCCAGCAGACAUACAGAGCCAGGCUGCCGCUAACCGAGAAGUCAUUGCAAAUAUCCACAGCAGUUUUUAUAAACUCAGAGAUGUAGCCGAGCGGAUGGCACAUCGCUCACGGGAGAACUCCACAGAUCUGUUUAUGUUUGGCAAAGACCUGAGUGAACUGGGUUCGGACACAUCAGAUUUGCCUGAUAGUGCCACAUUAGGCAAAGCAUGGAAGACUCAGAGGAAGUCACUUGUGGAACUGUCAGGAGAAUUUGGUCUACUUGCUGACAAAGCAGCACACCAGGGCAGCAGAGAGGAGGACGAGGUCGUCGAGAAACUGAAUCUUUUCCUUGAACAGCUGCAAUCAUAUAAAGACCUGUGUGAUCGCCAUGACAGUGGUGUGCUGUUAGAGCAUCAGAGAGCAUUUGAAAAGCGCAACGGGCCUGUGGCGACACAUUUAAAGAGGCAGAGCUUCUCGGAGCAGCCAGAGUCUAGACUUACACAGCAAGAAAACACAAUAAUCACCAUGGAGAUGAGGAGCUAUUUCUCCCUUUUGUGUCUUCAUCAAGAAACUCAACUGGUUUUCACACAUCUGCCACUUGUAACUUCCAUUCUGGGGACAUUUGUCCACUCACAGAUACAAGGACACAAAGAGAUGGGUGAUGUGUGGGGUGACCUGCAUCCAAAACUGAAGUCUCUGUUUGAAAACGCUAAUGAAGUCCAGUCUCGUUCCUCUUCUCAAACACAUACCUCCAGAGGACUAAAGGCCUGCACUGUUGUUGCACCUUCAUAACCAGAAAAUGAGGAUGAGGUGACACCCAACCCAGAAAAUACCCAGGUUUUACCCCAAUAUCCCUGACUAUUUUACAGUGUAAUGUUUUGGUUCAUUUUUUCUUUUUCUUCAUUAAUUGUACUGUAUAUACUUUAACACAUUUGUUGAUGGCUUUUCCAAAUACAUAGCAUAUACAAACAGAACAUAGUGGCUACAAAAAUUAUUUGGACACUUAAGCCACUUUUACAAAUGUAUAACAUUACACUAUAUGAGAUACAAAAUAUCAAACCAUAUGCAAACAAAUUAUUCUAAAACUUUUCCUAUCUAACUUUAUUUUCCUUAGACAUUUUUUGAUCUGAUCCCAUAGCCAUUUUUAGUAGAUGUCAGAUGUCAGUUGCCCUCAUGUUUACACAGGUAGCAAAGUAACCUCAGGUGUAGUAAUCACACUAAUCAAUGUAGUAAUUACAUUAACUAUGAACAUGUUCCACUAAGUCUGCCAACCAAAAAGUGGCAGACUUUAUAUAAACCAGUGUCAAAAUACUUUUUUUUUUUCUUAAUUUUGAACAGUAUAUUAAUUGUCUUUAACUUAAAACCACAUACUGUAUUUCUUCUUAUGAAAUGUUUUGCUUGUACUUUCUUUCUUUACUGUAUAAUUGCCCAUUUUGCUGCUUUAUAUUUGAUGUAAUGCAAUGACAUUUAUACAAUUGAAUUAUGGCUUAAUGUCUAAAUACCUUUUGGAGACAUUUAUACAGUAUAUCAAGAGAUUAUAAAGUUUAUUUAUUUUCAAAAUGUCCAGUAGAAAAGCAUCCUUUGAUAGCAACAUUCCAAUGUCUGCGCUAUUGUUUAACUUUUUCAUUUACUGUAAUAAUUCUUAUUUAGUUUUCUUUCUUUUAAAAAUGUGAACCACACUCAUUUGUUUUGAUGCAAUAUGCGUGCUCAAAUUCAAAUAAAUAA